AUGAGAGCAGUAGACAGUCGGUCCGCAAAUGUGCCGCAGCUUCCGACGCGAAUCCGUCGUUGGAGAAGCUACCAGCCAGCGUCGAAUAUCGUCUUUGAAAAUGAUUUGGGUCCAGACAACACAUCGCAGACGCAAUCAGCAAGGCCAUUGAGAAAAGGCAUUGAAUUGGAAUUCGUCAAUAUUGCACAUCCUCUUGAUGCCACCACCUCGACUACCAUCUCCAACAUUCGGUCACACGCAGCACGAGAUAUUCAUGCUUCGCGUCGCGCGUCGGCCCUGCGGCUCAAGGGAGGCCAGAGGAAGAUAAGAAUGAAAGUAGAUACUGGCGGAGGCUCUCAUUUGAGUUUAGCUUCGCCAGUAAAUAUAACGAUCCCCAUACACAAUGGUUUCCUUCAUUGCUGUGCCCGGCCUAUAACAAAGCUUGAGCAAUUCCUUCUCGACUACUAUGCAACAUCAGUCAUCCCAAACGCCGGAAUGUGGUGUCCCCAUGGUGACGAGGAGCUACUGUUCCGUCAAGGCGUGACGCAGCAUUGGCUUCCCUUUAUAAUCACAGACAGUGGCUUGUUGGCCGGUAUUUUCUUAUCCUCAUGUCGUAAUCUCGCACUUCAAGGGAGCCAAGCACAAGCAGAUUAUGAUUAUCUUCAAAUCGCAAUGAUGUACAAAGGCGAGUGUAUCAGGUCUGUAAACGCGGCGAUUGCCGCGGAAAGACCAAUCGUUAGCGACGCUACAAUUGCGAAAACUCUAUUAUUAUGCGCGGAUGAAUUUAUGUGCAAAAAUCUCAAUGCUACAGUCUUGCAUUUUGAAGGUAUGAGCAAAAUGAUUAAGUUGAAGGGGGGUUUGCCAGCCCUCGGCGCUGGUGGGUUUUUGAGAAAGGCUAUUGAAUGGUGUAAUUUGGAAAAUAUCCUAAAAAAAUGA